UUGUUUACGUAAAACAACUCAUGUGUUUAUGAAUAAAUUAGAGUAUAAGUUCGUAUAAAGGUUUAAAUAUUUUUGUGUUUAACUUAAAAAUAAAACUUUUGACAGGUUUAAACAUGGAGGAAACACAUUUUUGUGAUUUUGAUGAAUUUGAAACGCGAACAAAUUCUUCUCAAAAUGUAUACACAAUUUCAAAAACACAACAUGGGAAUUCUCAUAAAUCUACGAGACCAACAACACACGGCAAAUACCUCAAGAAAUCGACUGUUUUUAUAAUAAUAGCUUUGAUAAUAAAUGUAGCUACAGUAAUGUGUAUUGGAUGUGGAUUACUUGUAUAUUUUGUUACAAGUGGAGACAGAGAGUGCAGAUUAGUUCUGCCGGAGAGUUAUGUCAUUUCUCAGAAACAAAACAAAGUUUCUAAAACGUUUGGAUACAAUCGGCCAAACACAGUACGAACAAAAGAUAUGACGGUGUGUCCGGAUGGUUGGUUAUCAUACAACGCCUCUUGCUAUUUGUUUGCAAUGGACAAAGAACGAAAUUUCUUGGAAGCACAGAAUUACUGCGAGCAAUUUGAUAGUUACCUCUUGCAGCUAGAAUCAGUAGAAGAAAAUAGCUUCAUAAGAAACCACCUGAGAGGAUUAAAAGAGCAACUACAUUGGUUAGGGCUUACUGACAAAAAUGUGGAAAAUGAAUGGCGUUGGAAUACAUUAAAUACGACGUUAACAUUUUCAGACUGGGCACCAAACGAACCUAAUUCUCUUGGCAUGGAAGAAGACUGUGUGGCAUUUGACAAUGGUUUUGAUUACAAAUGGGUUGACAUCAGUUGUACAAAUGUAAAACUUGAACCAAUUUGUAAACUUAAAGACCCAGCGCUAUUGUCUAAAGGUUGUCCCGACAACUGGUUGACAUACGGGCAAUCAUGUUACUACUUCAGUAAUCAAUCAGUCAUGUGGUUAGAGGCAAUGGGACGUUGUCAGAAAUUAGGCGGUUAUCUUGCCGAGAUAAACACUGCUGCCGAAAACCAGUUUCUAAAAACUGUUGCAAAACAAGUCGAUAGUAGAGAAUGUUUCCCAACUACUUCAAAUGAAUAUCAAGGUUUGAAAAACACGACAUAUGAGGGUCAUGUAUGCCAGCGAUGGGAUUCGCAGGAACCUCAUAGCCACAGUCGAAAUAACAUAGACACGUUCCCGGAAACGACGCUGGCUGAUGCUGCUAACUAUUGCCGUGAUCCGGAUAAGGAAGGGUUGCCAUGGUGCUAUACUAUUGAUCCAGAUAUAAGAUGGCAGUAUUGUGGCAUCAAUAAAUGUCCCGGGGGGAGCUGGUGGCUUGGAAUGGUGCACCUUGAAAGAAAAUGGAACUGGAUGUCUACACAAACAGCACUGGAUAAAGGUUACACUAACUGGGGACGGAAUGAACCUUCCAAAGGAAAUUGUGGCUCGUUUACGGGAGCUUUCGACUUUGCAUGGAAGUCUGCAAAGUGUAAUUUUCCAGCCAUGUACGUUUGCGAAAAAUGAACUUUUUCAAUGACUUAAUCAUCAUACAUUGUUAUAUAUAAUACACGCAUUCUGUCCGCGACAUUUUCUUAUUUAUAGAGAAUUCCGAGAAACUUCAUACAAACUCGUACAAACAUUUGGUCCAUUCAGGUCAUCUAAUGAGUUCGUAAAAUCGGUUUAAGCAAUUGAAGCAUUAUGAUGUUUAGCAUUAUCGUACUUUUAAUGUCAGAAAUUUCGCUCGACCCUUAUUUCUGUUGUAACUCGCAAUGUUCAAGAAGACAUGAACCUCGCCGGUAUACUACAGUAUUGAAGGACCGUCACUAUAACUACUCUGAUAUCUAUCAAAUAAAAAGUGCAUAAUGUGCUCGAAUCCAUGUUCCUGCUGUUAUUCAUAGCGUUCAGGAUGGCUUGCGGAUGUCUUGAUUUGCGUCGGGAUAUUGAUGCGAUAUUUGUUUGAUAUAUAGUACAUAUUGCACUGUAUGCCGGCGGCAUACGUCCAAAGAACUAAUGAUGAAAUUUGAAAGUAUUGUUGAUUCUGCACCGACUCGAAUCACGAUUUGGUCCACUUAUAGCUGGGGACUGUAUGUAUGUUGUAGUAAAUAGUUCCUAUUUUAAGGUUGUGGUCCUGUUAAAGACAUUUUUAAACAAUUUAAAGUCUGAAAUUUUUCUACGGGUAUUUUCAAAAGCCCAGAAAUACGUGACUACAUGUUUGACUUCGUUGAAAUCAAAUAACGUCGGGUCAUAUUUUGGUAUAACUCUAGUCGACAUCGUUACAAGGAGAUGACCUUGUCUAUAGUAGGUAAGGAAAGAAAGAAGCAUUUUGAUGUUUCAGCAGAAAAAGUUAACAUGUGAAAAAAUAAUCUUUUACAUUUGUUUCGUUCCAUACCAAAUUAUUAAAUGGUUUAGAUAUAAAAGAUACAAUGCUCAUUUUAUGUUUUAAUUCAUCCCGUUUGUGAAGAGAUAAACAUAUAUUUCUGUAACAUUUAAUUUCUUUUAUAGCAUGUUUAGCGUCGUGGAAUAAAAUGUACACUGUAUCCAUAAAUAAAAGGCUACGGUACUGGUUCUUGCAAGUAGAGCUUGUCUGAGAUACCCUCUCUCUCUCUCUCUCUCUCUCUCUCUCUCUCUCUCUCUCUCUCUCUCUCUCUCUCUCUCUCUCUCUUGAGCGAAUUGCGUUGCAUCUUUGAACCUGUUUAUCGUUAGACAGGGUGCUAUAUAAAUAUUAGAAUGAGAAAAGCAAAAAUGAUAUGUGAUAUAAUUCUGUUUAUUAUGAGUUUCAUUUAUAAUCUUUAGUCAAAACAUAACAAUUGUUCACAAUGAUAUUUAGCAUGUAUAUACAUAUGUAUAUAUAACCCUGCUGUUUCGGAAAGGCUAAUUAUACAGAUUAUUAUAAAGUGACGCCCUUUUCUCAUUACGAUGUUCCUUCAUCCGAUCUGACAGCCUAAUAGUUCUUUUACUGGGAUAUUUUAAAUCAUAUCACCUGCAACAACACUUGAAAGAAAAUCUUCUUUGAAACAUUAGUACCAUAUGUAGUCAUAAAUGCUUAACUGUUCUGAAACUUAUCAAACAAUUGAAAUAACUUAAGUGGAGAAAACGAAUCACGGUAGUUUCAAAGUUCAAUAAAUACUGGCGAAAUUCAAAACUGACUGUCAUAAAACUAAAAAAAAAUCCUUGAAUUCUAGAAUUCAACUAUUGCAUUUGUGCACACAUCUGAAUAAUGCGGACACUUUAGCCCUGAUCAUAUGAGCGGCGGUUACUGCCAAAGUUAGUAAAUAUGCAAUCCAUCUAUUAACAAGUCAGUGAGUGCACUGCAUUUCAACGCCAUGUAAUCUAAAACUUCAUCCCGUCCAAUAGAUUUGGAUUCAACGCUUUGUAUUUUGAAAUCAUCUAAUAAAAAACUUCAUGACGCCCAUUUAAACAUGAAACGAUGCACUGAAAUACUUGUUGUAAUGCACCGUAAUAUGAAAUAAACCGACAAAACAUGAUGCCAUGCAGCACAAUGUGAAGCCGUUUACGCAACAUGAGUACGUGCAGUGUAAAAUGAAAUGAUUUAUCACAACUUGACGCCGUGUAAUGAAUAUUGAAACCGCUUUGUGUAAUUCAGAGUGGUGUAUAAAACUUGAUGCCAUGCAGUGCAAUGUCAAGAUGUUUAAUGUAACAUGAGUUCGUGCUGUCUAAAGUGGAACGAUUCAUUAAAACUUGACGCCGUUUAAUGCAUAUUGAAACCGUGUUGUGUAAUUUGGAGUGGCGUAUAAAAAUUUGAUGCCACGCAGCCCAAAGUGAAGUCGUUUAACGACACAUGAGUAUGUGUAUUGUAAAGUGAAACGAUUCAUUACAACUUCAUGCCGUCUUAGUCGUGGUCUCGCGUUCACGCACUUCAUAAAACUUGUCAUCAUAAUAAGUAAUCUUCAUUGAAAAUAUGAACCAAAGCUUUUCUUAUAAGUCAAAAUAUUGGGCACAUCUUCCGAUCGGUGUUAUAUUACCUCGAUCGGAGGUGCCUUACGGGUUCUAUUACCCCGAUCGGGGUAACACAAUAAUAGUAAAAACGCACAAAAGUUUCAGUAUUUCUAGAAAAGUGCUAAUAUCUACAUUUUAAAUGUAGUAAAUAUUUUUGAUAUAUCUUUUUAUCAUCCGAGAGCAAUUUUAUCUAUUUUGCAUUUGUUAAAAACAAUCUGAAUAAUUCGGAAUAAUCUCACUAUAUUGUUGAUUCUGUAUGUCUUACAAAGUUGUUGAAGUUAAUAAAAAAGUUAUCUAAACAUU